AAUUCUUCGUCUCCUUGUCGACGACGAGACGCACUCCAACUUGUGAAAUUUCACGGCGAUGUCACGGCUACUCCCGCCUGCUAAAACCCUCCUGCUCUCUCCCUUCCCAAUGUUCUCGCCGCCAGCGCCUCAUCUUCUUCUUCAUCUACCUCGCAUCCACAUCCGCACAUCCGCUGGGAGAGGCGGGGCGUCGGAGAACGCGGCGGCGUCCGGGACGACGGCGAGGGACCGGCGGCUGGUCAAGGUGCGGGAGGAGCGCCGCCGCCGCGAGUACGACCGGGAGCACACCUACCCCGGAUGGGCCAAAGUUCUGGAGAACGCCUGCAGGGAUGAUGAGGAGCUCCGCGCCAUUCUCGGUGAUAGCAUCGGCAACCCGGAGCUCAUGAAGCAAAGGAUCCAAGAAAGGGUGCGCAAGAAAGGCAGGGCUCAAUUCAACAAAUCCAAGACAGGCUCCAUUGUUGCUUUUAAAGUCAGCUUCCGAGACUUCAACCCGUUGAAUUCGUUCAUUUGGUUUGAGUUCUUUGGAGAACCAACGGAUCGAGAUGUUGACCUGCUUGGCGGUGUAAUUCAGGCUUGGUACGUCAUGGGAAGGCUAGGAGCUUAUAAUUCUUCAAAUUUGCAGCUGGCCAACUCAAUGAUGGACUAUGACCCUUCAUAUGAUUCUGAAGAAGCUUCCACAGUAAUGCCAUCAUCUUUCCAUGAUAUCAGUGAUGUCGAGUUCCAAGACAAUUGGGCCAGGGUUUGGGUGGACCUUGGAACCUCAGAUUACCUUGGUUUGGAUGUAUUACUAAACUGCUUAACACAGUUGAGCUCAGAGCACUUGGGUAUCAAACAAGUGGUUUUUGGAGGCAAGAAAAUGGGUGACUGGGAAGAGGGCAUGACGAGCUCAGAUUAUGGAUACAAGCACUUCAAGAUAUGAUAAUUUUUUUUUGCGGGUACAAGAUAUGAUAAUUGACAGGUGACAUGCUGUGGUGAUGCAAGGCUGACCGAGAAAUUUGAGCAAGGACUGACUCAAGACUGCCUGUAUCUCGAUGUGCUCUUUUAUGUAAAUAAAUAAAUUGUCAUGAGUUUUAUUGUCGUGAUAGCAGUGAAUUUGAACUAACAGCAAGGCUAGGAGAAUAGAACAAUUCGGAUGUAUGUGUUGUUUCAGACGUCUGUUUCUUUAUGAUGGUUCAAGGCCAAGCAUGACCUGUAUUCUUCUUGCAAUGUCAGGAAAACUUGAUGAGUCAAUCAGGUGAUUUUUACA